AAAUGAAAAAGAAAAAAACAAGGUACUGGGAAUCGAAUGCCUGGCAAUACAGAUGGAGAGCAGAAGCAGCAUGCAAAAAGUUAUGGAGAAAGAAAAGAUAUAAAUCGUGCAUUUUUUUAUUACAAUUUAAGCCAACUUGCUUUCAUGUGAUUAAAAUCACCCAUUUUUGUUUUCUGGUCCAUUAAAGAAGUCUCAUAUUUCCAUAUAAAAAAAUAUGGAAAUAAAAAAGUCAGAUUUCCAAGGAAAAAAACAAUGGCCAUACUAUUAGAGGGAAGGAACUAAGCCAUAUUUGUUUAUAUAUAGUAUAUAUACAGCCUCUGUCAGGUUGGUAAAGGCUAAGAGAGUUGAAGGCAAAAAAGGGAAGAAAAGGGGUGUGGUAGCUCUGCUUAGCUCUCUUUUAAGAUUUUUUUGAGUAGUUCUGGUUGUUGUUGUUGUUGUUUUUGUUUGAGAGAAUUAAACAGAAAAAAAAAAAAAUGGAUGCAUUGAGGAAGAUGAAAGAAGGGAUAGAGGCUAAGAAAGAAGAAGCAUUGAUGAAGGUGGAGGAGAAGAAAGAGGCUUUGAUUAAGGUGAAGGAAAAUAUGGAAGCAAAGAAAGAGGAAGCAUUGAACAAGGUGAAUGAGAAGAAAGAGGCUUUAAUGAAGGUGAAGGAAGAUGUGGAGGAGAAGAAAAUGGAAGCAGUGAGGAAGGUGAAGGAAGAGGUGGAGGAGAAGAAAGAGGCUUUGAUGAAUUUGAAGGAAGAUGUGGAGGAGAAGAUAGAGCCUGUGAAAAUGUUUUUUAGAGGAAGAAUGGUAGGUCCAAUUUCAGGCAUUAACACCACCAAUAUUGUUUCUACUUUGUCCACCAUUAACACUGCUGUGCCUCCUGCCUCUGCUAUUGAGUAUGACAGUGAUUCCUCUGAUUCUUCUAAGGGGUCAGCUGAAUCUCUCAAUGAUGAGAAAGUAAAUGGCAAGUCAAGAAAACGACAUUCUCACAGAAAUGGAGAUACUGCAUCGUUAAUUACAUCAUACCCAGCAGUGAAUAGUCCACCUCUCAAUGUUGUUGUCCACCAAUCUCAUGGAGAACAGAUAUUCUAUCCUGGAGUGAAGUAUUCGGGAGUCCAAGAGAGUGCUCUAAACAACCAUCAGGGCAAGGACAACGUCGCGAAGAAGGGCUUAAACGGUUUUAGUCCUUCAGCUCACAAGAUUCUGGACCAAAAUGGAACGUAUACUUCUUUUGAAGAAGGGAGCACAAGCGAAAAUAGGAUAGUUAACUUGGGAAACAAAAUUUCAGAGGAAGUCACUGAAAUAUACCUUGAAAAGUUAUAUCAAAAGCCGGAGUCACAUGAGUUUUACUGUCCUAACUGUAAGACCUGCAUCACAAAGGUACUUAUUAUUCGUGAGAGAUAUUUAGAAGCUGCACCUAAUGUCGCACAUCCUAAUAAAGAGGAUUUGAGGUGCUCAAAUUGCUUUGCUUUCCUCAUUCCUGUAGGCAAUUGGAUACGCAACAUAUUUGCAUCUAAAAACCCCGCUGGCCAAGGAAUUGCAGCUACGUUAACUCCAACACCUAAACCCUUGCCAAGUAAUCCUGUGAGCAGUGCUGGACUUGAAGAACCACUUCUACCACAUUAUUCAGAUAAAGAUUUAGGUGAUCAAAUUCCUAGAGAGCCUCAGACUGUUGGACAUCAUGUUCCUGAGGGAACUGACCCGAAACAUAUUAUCCACCAUCUUGGAGACAAUGCGCCACAUGGUGCAGUGGAAAACAGCGGUGCAGGAAAUGCAGCUACAUUAACUCCAACACCUAAACCCUUGCCAAGUAAUUCUGGGAAUAAUGCUGGACUUGAAGAACCACUUCUACCAUAUUAUUCAGAUAAAGGUCUAGGUGAUCAAAUAUCUAGAGAGCCUCAGACCGUUGGAAAUAAUGCUCCUGUGGCAACUGAACCCUCAAAACAUAUUAUUCACCAUUCUGGAGGCAAUCCACCACAUGGUGCAGUGGAAAACAGUGGUGUAGGAUCAACUGUAACAGAACCUGGCGAUGGCAUUUCAAUCCUUAUGCCCCCACCAAAUGAACAGCUGCUGGGAACUGAACCACGAAGUACUAAAUCGUGGGAGAUUCUAAAAAGCAUUGUAUACGGUGGUUUAACUGAAUCAAUUACAAGCUUGGGCAUUGUGACUUCUGCAGCUAGUGCUGAUGCUGCAACAUUGAACGUCAUAGCUUUAGCAUUGGCAAAUCUGAUUGGUGGACUAUUCGUUAUUUGUCAUAAUCUUUGGGAAUUCAAAAAUGAUGAAUCAACUGUGACCUCUAAAGAGACUGGUCAACAAGUGGAUCGAUAUGAAGAAGUAUUGGGGCAAAAAACGAAUUUCAUUUUUCAUGUGCCAGCUGCUAUAUUAGCUUUCCUCAUUUUCGGAUUAGUGCCUCCUGUUGUCUAUGGCUUCUCAUUCCAUGAGAGUGAUGACAAGGACCUAAAGCUUGCAGCAGUUGCAGGAGCCUCUCUGCUAUGCAUCACAUUACUGGCGCUUGCAAAGGCUCGCACACAGAGGAAUCCCAAGUAUAUGAAAACGGUUCUCCAAUAUGUUGCUGUUGGAUUCGGGGUCUCAGGCGCUUCUUAUGUAGCUGGCAACUUGCUUGACAGAUUAAUGGAGAAGCUUGGCUGGUUCCAGCAGACUCAUGUAGAUAAGACUUUUCCCCUUCCCCAGUUCAUGUGAUGGGUACGGUGAAAGCCUGCAUGGGGAAUCCUUCAAGCGUAUUAGGAAAAUUUAUGGAGUUUUUCAAGUUAGUCUUCAACUUCAAGUACUGGUGCAGUAGUUCUUUCAUUUCAUGAAAGCUGACAAAAGGACAUCAAAGAUCUUGCUAUAAAAAUUUGACAAGAAGUGCCAAAGACACCAAUAAAGGAUCAAAAGUAUACAAUCCUGUAACUCUGAGCUACAAGAGCAUAUGAUUGUAAUGGCAUUUAUUUUUAAUCAAGCUAGUGAAAUAUUUAUAACAAA